AUGAAGAAAAACGUCACCGGGUUUGCCCAUUUCUUUAGGGACGAUGGUGGUGUGCUAAGCGCAAGGAACGGACACUUGCCUGGUUUCAACACGCUUGCCAACUCCUCGAUGCACCCGCUUCUGCCUGCAGCGCUCCCUUCCGUGUGCCUGCACUCCCUUCCGCAUGCCUGUACUCCCUUCCGUGUGCCUGCACUCCCUUUCGCCCGUCGAACUCCCUUACGCCCAUCGCCCUCCCUCCCGCCGUCGCCCUCCCUUAUGCCCAUCACCCUCCCUAGCACUCAACGCAUCCCCUUCCGCCAUCGCCCUCCCUUCUACCUGUCGCACUCCCUUGUGCUCGUCGCAUCCCCUUCCGCCCAUCUCACUCACUUCCGCUCGUCGCACUCCCUCAGCCCGUCGCAUUGCCUUUUGCCCGUCGCCCUCCCUUCCGCCUGUCGCCCCCCCUUCCGCCCGUCACCCUCCCUUCGUCUCGUCGCCCUCGCUUCCUCCCAUUGCCCUCUCGACCGCCCGCCACCCUACCUUCCCCUCGUCACGCUCCCUUCCGCCCGUUGCCCCCCUUUGUCUCGUCGCGCUCCCUGCCGCUCGUUGCCCACCCUCCUGCUCAUCCCCUCUCCAUCCCCGUAUCUCUCUCCCCUCAUCGCCCUUGCAUUCGCGACACUGGUUUCCCGCACUGCUUACCCCCAUCCUCUGACUUGCUUCCCCCCAACCCCUUCCGUGCUUCCCACCAUUCCCUUACCUGCUUCCCCAUGUCCACUUCCCUGCUUCCCCCCAUCCCCUUCCCUGCUUUCCUAA